CCACCUCGGCCCCCAGCCCAGCCACCUCGGCCCCCAGCCCAGCCACCUCGGCCCCCAGCCCAGCCACCUCAGCCCCCAGCCCAGGCACCUCACUCUACGACUCAGCCUCCUCGGCCCCUUUUCCUCAAACCACUUUUACUCUGACCCAGGGCACAUCACCCACCACCCACCCAGCCACGGGCAACCCAAGUUAGGCUGCAUCCAGCCUCCUCCUUCAGCCUACACCCACCCACAGACCCCUGGUCCCGUCCCUGCAAACCCCAGCCACGAGCACUCUAAACCUGGACAGGCACAACCUCCUUCCAUCCUCUGCAUCUCCAGUCACCUCCAGCACAGCUACCGGGAGCUGGACUUCAGACUGAAUGAAUCAUUACUGACCUCUUAUGAAAAGACUCGGAGCGUCAAAAUGAACGGGGUCCAAGAGUUGGGUGGUGAGGACCCCUGUCCUGUCAAAACUCCCAGAGGGGUGAAGGACCCCACUCUGACCAACGGUCACACCCAUCUUGUGAAUGGUGCCAUAAAUCCUCUGGACCUCUCCACAAACCCCACACGACACACACCCACUCCAGACAGGGGGUUACCCCAUACUCUCCAAUCCAUACCCUCACAGCCUGACAGCCCCUUAUCCAAACCUCCUAUCCAACAUGACACCCCCAGACCUCCCCCUGUCUCUCACCACAGACACCACGCACAACCGGCCAAUGAACAGAGACCCAAGCCCCCUCUGCCCACCUAUCAGGAGGCGAUGGCUGCCUCGGCAUCCCGCCCCCUGGAUCUCCCGUCUCAAUCAGAUUUCCCUCCUGAGAAACCACUCCCCAUUGCUAACCCAAACCCCUCCCCUUCCCCUGUCUGUCUGAAUUGCAGCCACCACAAUGUUUUUCCUUCUAACCCCACCCCCCUGGAAACCAACAGCCUAUCAGCCAACACUUUUCCUUCUAACCCCACCCCCAUAGAAACCAACAGCCUAUCAGCCGAAACCUUUCCUUCUAACCCCACCCCCCUGGAAACCAAUAGCCUAUCAGCCAACCCCAUUCCCUCAAACUACGCUCCUCCGCACCACGACCAACAAUCAGCAAAGGUGAAGACCGGGGGGAUCAUCUCAGAGUUUUACUCCCACUCUCGUCUACACCAUAUCUCCACGUGGAGAAGUGAGUUCUCUGAGUAUGUCAACAUGUUGCAGAGCAGGAUGAGGGCCACAGGGGGUGCCACCUUCCCCGGGAGAGACAGGCUCAGACGCCAGAGGAGAGAGGGUUUGUCCACUGCUCCUGGCCCUCAGUCCUGUAUCCUGCAUGUGGACAUGGACUGUUUCUUUGUCUCCGUGGGGAUCAGACACAGACCAGACCUCAAAGGGAAGUCUGUAGCGGUGACCAGUAACCAUGGUUCAGGCAGAGUGGCCCAGAGGCCUGGUGUUGACCGCCAGCUGGAGCUGCAGUGCUACCAUAAAAAAUACUCCUAUCCAGCUGUGUCAGAGAGGAAGGAUGGGGACCUGGAGGAAAUUACAUCAUCAGAGACGGAGAGUCACAUCUCCCAUGGCAACAGUGUUGACCAGGAUACUGCUGCCCUCUCUAUGGCUGAGAUCGCCUCCUGUAGCUAUGAGGCCAGGCAGGCAGGGGUGAGGAAUGGUAUGUUUUUUGGCCAGGCCAAACAACUGUGUCCCUCCCUGCAGUCUGUCCCUUAUGACUUCCAGGCCUACAAGAAGGUAGCCCUGGCCAUGUAUGAGACCCUCGCCAGUUAUUCUCACGAUAUCGAGGCCCUGAGUUGUGACGAGGCGUUGGUGGAUAGCUCUGCCCUGCUGGCUGAGUUGAGUGUUACACCAGAUGAACUUGCCAGUGCCAUCCGAGCAGAUGUCAGGGAGAGAACUGGGUGCUCCGCCUCAGUGGGCAUGGGGUCCAACAUCCUGUUGGCGAGAAUGGCUACCCGAAAGGCUAAGCCGAACGGACAGUACCUCCUGAGGUCAGAGGAAGUGGAUGACUUCAUCAGGGACCAGACGGUGACCAGCCUACCAGGUGUGGGCCGUUCUAUGGGUGGGAAACUGGCAUCUCUGGGUGUGAGGUCAUGUGGGGACCUGCAGCAGGUGUCUCUGCAGCGGCUGCAGAAGGAGUUUGGCCCUCGCACCGGUCAGACCCUCUUCAGGUUCUGCCGAGGUCUGGACGACCGGCCCGUCCGUAGCGAGAAAGAGAGGAAGUCCGUCUCUGCUGAGAUGAACUACAACAUCCGCUUCACACAGGUCCGUACCUGUUUCAUCUGGUUUACACUGGUGGACGAGGCGGAGUCGUUCCUGACCCACCUGUCCGUUGAGGUGCAGAAGCGUCUGCAGGGGGCGGGGCUUAGGGGUCGCAGGCUGACCCUAAAGGUCAUGGUCUACAGUGGUCAUGGCACCUGUGACAGUUUGGCUAGGUCAGUGACCCUGGCCCAGCUUACAGACUGUGGUCAUUUGAUAGCCAGUGAGGUCAUCAAGCUGUUCCACACAAUGAGGCUGAAGGUGCAGGACCUGAGGGGGGUGGGCCUCCAGGUGCAGCUCCUCGAGGGGGCCCACUCCGUCCCCAAGGACCCCUCGGGCCCUAAAACAUGCUACGUCAGAGACAAGCUGCUGGCCCAGCGCCCCCCCGUCCAACAUAACUAUACAGAUUCGCUACCUAAUACCGCCAUUACUGACACAUGCACCAGUCAGGAAAAUAGUUCCUCUGCCAGAGUCCUGUCCCCCUUCUCCACUCCCCGCCCUACAUCGCCUGCUGAGCCAAUCACAGGGACAAGUAAAGGAGAGCCGCCACGUACACCUAACCAUGUUGAUAACCGCCUUAACCUCAGCAUCGAGGUCUCCCUUCCCUCACAGGUGGACCGGUCGGUGUUGGAGGCCUUGCCUGCAGAGUUGAGAGAACGGGUGGAGCACUCCUGGACCCACAGAGACACAGAGAAAACCCACAACGGGUCACACCAACGCCCCCUUCACCCUGGCCCCUCUUCUCCUCUCUCUUCCUGUUCAUCUUCCCCUCUACCCUCCUCUCCUCCUCCCCCCACUGCCCCUCCUGUAGGAGCACUGGUGCUUCAGAUCCCCAAACAGUCUGGACAGACCGGCUCCACAGGCAUCAUACUGGAACUGUCUGACUUCUCCCAGGUUGACCCGGAGGUGUUUGCAGCACUCCCCAGAGAACUCCAGGAGCAGCUGCGUUCAGUGUACGGCCGCAGAGAGAACACCCAGGGGAUCAUGGCAGACCAGAGGAACCCCCUGUUGCAUCUGAAGCAUGUGGGGGUGGGUCGGAUGAAGCGCUGCUACAAGAAGAAUGCCAACAACAGCCCUGCCAAGAAAGGCCCCUCCCCUCUAAAGAGGCCCCGCCCACCAGGAAACACCCCGGCCAAAGACCUACCACACGUGCUCAGACCCAGGGACCUACCCAAUGGCCUCAAGCUGGAGAAUGGACCUUCCACCUCCCCCCUACAGCAGGACGACCCAGAGACUCUGUCCAAGUUCACCCCUUGCCCUGAACCCACCCUGGCUGGAGCCUGUGAUUUCAAGGACAUCCGAACACUACUCAGAGAAUGGAUCACUACCAUCUCAGACCCCAUGGAGGAGGACAUUCUGCAGGUAGUCAAGUACUGCACUGAUCUGAUCAAUGACAAAGACCUGGAGAAACUUGACCUGAUCAUCAAGUACAUGAAGAGGUUGAUGCAGCAGUCUGUGGAGUCUGUAUGGAGCAUGGCCUUUGACUUCAUCCUGGACAACGUGCAGGUGGUGGUACAGCAGACCUACGGCAGCACUCUGAAGAUCACGUAGGAGAGGGCAGCACUCUGAAGAUUACGUAGGAGAGGGCAGCACUCUGAAGAUUACGUAGGAGAGGGCAACACUCUGAAGAUCACGGAGGAGAGGGCAGCACUCUGAAGAUUACGUAGGAGAGGGCAGCACUCUGAAGAUUACGUAGGAGAGGGCAACACUCUGAAGAUCACGUAGGAGAGGGCAGCACUCUGAAGAUCACGUAGGAGAGGGCAACACUCUGAAGAUCACGGAGGAGAGGGCAGCACUCUGAAGAUCACGGAGGAGAGGGCAGCACUCUGAAGAUCACGGAGGAGAGGGCAGCACUCUGAAGAUCACGUAGGAGAGGGCAACACUCUGAAGAUCACGGGCAGCACUCUGAAAAUCACGUAAGAGAGGGAUACACUCUGAAGAUCACAUAGGAGAGCGCAACACUCUGAAGAUCACAUAGGAGAGGGAUACACUCUGAAGAUCACAUAGGAGAGGGCAACACUCUGAAGAUCACGGGCAGCACUCUGAAAAUCACGUAGGAGAGGGAUACACUCUGAAGAGCACGUAGGAGAGGGCAGCACUCUGAAGAUCACGUAGGAGAGGGCAACACUGAAGAUCACGUAGGAGAGGGCAACACUCUGAAGAUCACGUAGGAGAGGGAUACACUCUGAAGAUCACAUAGGAGAGGACAACACUCUGAAGAUCACGGGCAGCACUCUGAAAAUCACGUAGGAGAGGGAUACACUCUGAAGAUCACGUAGGAGAGGGCAGCACUCUGAAGAUCACGUAGGAGAGGGCAACACUCUGAAGAUCACGUAGGAGAGGGCAGCACUCUGAAGAUCACGUAGGAGAGGGCAACACUCUGAAGAUCACGUAGGAGAGUGCAACACUCUGAAGAUCACGUAGGAGAAGGCACGGCAGGCUCUGGCCAAGUCUCAAAUCACACCCUAUUCCCCAUAUAGUGCACAGGUCAAAGGUAUUAUACUAAUAUGUGGAGUAUAGAAUGCCAUUUAAGAUCCAGUUUUGCUCCUCCUGCUCCUGUUUGUUGUGCCACUGUUACAUCAUCCCACUAUUACAUCAUGAUCCUGUGGGAGGAGCUGGGUCAAAUCUGGGUCAAAUCAUGAUGUCUGUGAUCUUCAGCAUGGAAAGUCAGAGUUCUAGAAAGAUGCCAGAGUUUUAGAGUUGGAUGACCAUUCAAAACUAUUUUUCCCAUUUUCCAGUUGUCUUGAAGGCACUGAAGUCGGAGGUCAGAGUUCCCAUUUCCCAGUUGUCUUGAACACGACAAUAACCUGGACACGUGCUCUCUCCUUGUGUCAUCACAGUGAAAGAGUUCUGUGUCAUUGUGACAUCAGCACAACAACCCUCUAUCUCUCACUUUGACAUCAGCAGAGCCCAACCUGCCUUCUGUUGUGACAUCGUCAGCAGAACAGAGCACAGAUAUCGGCUGCGCUACACUUUGAAAAAUCAAACUUGGCCCAUCGCACAAUGUCCAACUUUCCAUGGGUCGUAGGGGGAGGGGCAGGAACCCUCCUCCUGUAGCCCCUAUUGGUCAGAACCCACUGAAAGUCAUGAGUAAUGGCAGAGCUGGCCACUAGGUCUGUGAAUAUGCCAAUCGUCCCAGUAUAGGACAGACUGAGACAUAGAGAUGGCCAUGGAAUCUCCUUGCUGUCUCCACUGCAUUCUUCCUCGUUCUUUGACAUACAGGGUUUGGAAGCAGAAAGCAAAGACCUCUCUUCCAGUCUUCUGUAUUCUGUUUCUUUUCACUCUCUCUGCUUUGCACCAGUUGUUCUGUUACUCUCUGCUUUGCACCAGUUGUUCUGUUACUCUCUGCUUUGCACCAGUUGUUCUGUUACUCUCUGCUUUGCACCAGUUGUUCUGUUACUCUCUGCUUUGCACCAGUUGUUCUGUUACUCUCUGCUUUGCCACCUCCUCUGCCUCAGAAUUAUCUGCAAACUGACACAGACUCAAAAACACCCUGUCUGAGACAUUGGUUUGUUUUUAAAAAGCAAUACAUUUUUUGUACCUUUCCUCUGCAAAAAAAGUGCCAUUGUAAAAAUGAACUGUUGUUCAUUUUACAAAGAAAAGGCUUGUUUUUUUAAAUAUACAUUUUUUUCCUUUUUUCUUGUAUUGUUUACAAGUAGUGUGUUAUUAACGGUUAGUUCUCGUGUGGGCGUGUGGGUGUGUGGGUGUGUGUG